UAACUAGUUGCCAUGAAUUUCACUCUGGGCAAGAUGCUGAUGCUGAUUGCAUUCUUCUUUGUGGGUAUCUUUUCAACCAUCUUUAAUAGGCGGUAUUCCCACUGGACUUUACUAUUGUUCAGGAUCAUGAUCAGGUGCAAGCGUCUGAAGAGGGGCAUGAAGGUGAAAUUCGUUGAACAUGAGGGCUACAGGUUCUGUUACUUCUGCCGAGGGAAACCAGGCUCUCAGCCAUCGGUGCUGAUGCUUCAUGGCUUCUCAUUCAACAAAGAUAUGUGGCUAGACACCAUCAAACUCUUUCCAAAGGACCUCCACGUGGUCUGCCUUGACAUGCCUGGCCACGGAGAAACCACUCGCCUGCUGGCAGAAAGUUACACGGCAGUAAACCAAGCAAAAAUGAUACACCAGUUUGUUGAGUGCAUUGGCCUGAACCAAAAGCCUUUCCACCUGGUUGGCAUGUCCAUGGGUGGAACAAUUGCUGGUAUUUAUGCGGCUCAGUAUCCAUCUGAUGUCUCUCGCUUGUCUCUCCUUUGCCCACCUGGCCUACGGUAUGCAGCAGAUAAUGAGUUCAUCAAACAUAUGAAGGAGCUGCGGAAAUCUACCAACUCACACAGCAACCCUCUGGUUCCUUUGACCGUAAAACAGGGAGAAAGUUUGCUCAGACUUGGCUUAUACCAUCCCAGCAGUACAAACAUGCAGCUCCUAAAGGGAUAUCUGAAAGACAGGAGGCCACACAAGUCUUUCUUCUUAAAAUGCUUUUUAGACAUGUCCAGCAGGGAGUCCAGGUACCGCUUGCAUGACAGCAUGAGCAAGAUCAGGGCUCCAGCGCAAAUCAUCUGGGGAAGGGAGGACAAGGUGAUGGAUCCUUCCGGGGCAGAAAUGUUAGCCAAAGCCAUCCCUGCCUCCCAAGUGCAUAUACUGGAGAAAUGUGGACAUUUCAUCACUCUCGAUAGGCCCAGGAAACUGUCAAAACUUCUUCUGGAAUUCCACUAUUCAGUCUGUGGCACAGCAGAGAAUAAGAAGAUGGCGUAAACCUCGCCAAGGUUGGAGCAGCAGCUCAUGAAGAUUCAAAGCAACUUGGUACCUCAGAAAGGACAAUGUGGAAACGACAUUUUGAAUGUUCCUCUCCCCCCUGCAUUUUUCACAACAAAAGGUUUAUGGAAUAUGGUAUAUGGGCUCUCCACAGGGCCUAAACAGAACUGAGGAAUUUGCAUGCUUCAUUUUCCAUGUCACAACUUGUAAUUAGGUCACAUCGGUGGGGAGAAACCAACCAACCAACUUGUGGGUAUUAGAUUUCAGAU